UGAAGCUCUGGAUCGUUCACAAUGGAUUUCCAGCACCGUCCUGGAGGGAAGACGGGCAGCGGAGGCGUUGCUUCUGCCUCAGAGAGCAACAGGGACCGCCGGGAACGGUUGAGGCAGCUGGCCUUGGAAACGAUUGACAUCAACAAGGACCCCUACUUUAUGAAAAACCACUUGGGCUCUUACGAAUGCAAGCUUUGUCUGACGUUGCACAACAACGAGGGAAGUUACCUGGCACACACUCAGGGGAAGAAGCACCAGACCAACUUAGCUCGUCGAGCUGCUAAGGAAGCCAAAGAAGCCCCCGCCCAGCCCGCCCCUGAGAAGGUCAAAGUCGAGGUGAAGAAAUUUGUGAAAAUCGGCCGGCCGGGUUACAAAGUGACCAAACAGAGGGAUCCAGAGAUGGGCCAGCAGAGCCUCCUCUUCCAGAUCGAUUACCCAGAGAUCGCCGAGAGCAUCAUGCCAAGACACCGUUUUAUGUCAGCGUACGAGCAGAGGAUCGAACCCCCCGACCGGCGCUGGCAGUAUCUGCUGAUGGCAGCAGAGCCCUACGAGACCAUCGCUUUCAAGGUGCCAAGCAGGGAGAUUGACAAAGCCGAAGGCAAGUUCUGGACCCACUGGAACCGGGAAACGAAGCAGUUCUUCCUGCAGUUCCAUUUCAAGAUGGAGAAGCCCCCGGCCCCCCAGAGCAUCCCUGCCGGGCCAGCCACCGUCAAGAGGCCCCCGCCGCCCCCGCUCAUGAACGGCCUGCCCCCCCGCCCGCCGCUCCCGGACUCCCUCCCCCCGCCUCCCCCCGGAGGGAUGGCCAUGCCCCCCAUGCCACCCCCCACAGGGCCCGUCCCCAUGCCCCCAGGCCCACCUCAGCUCCCGCCAGCUCCAGGCGUCCCUCCCCCCGCCCCCCUGCCCCCCAUGCUGAGACCCCCACUUCCCACGGAAGGGCCUGGCAGCCUCCCCCCACCGCCCCCCAACAGCUGAAAAAGCCGUUUGGGGAUUUUUGUCGUGGACUUCCUUCAUCUCCCGGUGCUUGUUUCCGACGCCUGUUUUUCUUGUUGUCCCCACCCCCUUUUCAGAAUAAAAACACACACUGGUUUGGAA